AUGCCGGAAAGUGCCGGGAGCCCUGGCGGGGCCGAAGGAACCCAGACAGCCCUGGAGUUGGAAGUCCCGUCUCGGGGAAGCUCUCCGUGCUCGGAGCAAGGGCCCGGGAGCACUGAAGUGUAUCCCGCAGAAGGAUUAGAAGGCUGUCCGGGGGAGGCACCGGUGCAGUAUGGUGUGAGUUAUCCCUGUAUUCUGCGUCAAAACCAAGUGCUUCUGACAGCCCUAGAGGAGUUGCAGAUACGUUGUGCCAGCCUGAAGAAGGAAAACAAUCUUCUGCGUAAGACCUGCUUCCCGGAGACUCAGGAGAAAGUGAGGCAUUUGAAAAGGAAGAAUGCAGAGCUGGCGGUCAUUGCGAAACGUCUGGAGGAGAGAGCCAGGAAGCUGCAAGAGGCCAACCUCAGAGUGGUGAAUGCACCAAUAAAUGUGAAGAGCUCCUGUGCAGGAAUGUGCAAAAGAGUACUGGCACGCCAACGGGCUACAGAUCUCCAAGAACAAGCCAAUGCACUCCUGAUGAAAGACAAACAGAUCAAUGCUCUGCAGAGGGAAUGUCAAGAACUUCAAGCUAAAAUCAUGGGUGGAAAGGAAGGUCCUCCAUGUCUGCCUCUUCUAGAUUUCCAGCAUUUACUCCAAGAAUCUCAGAAGGAAGUGCUGCGGUUACAGAGACAGAUUGCUGUGAAGAAUUUUAAGGCAGCCCUGGAGCCUGGUGGUCAAGGAUCAGGAGACAUUUCUUUAGCCUUUGCAAUGAACUUGGGGCUCACCACGUCAGCCAGAACUACCUGUUCAAAUGGUUUUUCUCUUACAAGGGUAUCACAGCCAUGGGAGGAGCUGUGCAUAGCAGUGGAGGAGACCAGCCAGUCAGAGACAGGAGUGUUUCCUUUUGCAAGCGUACAAGAUAGAGAAGAAACUUUGUUUUCUGCCCCUGAGGUCAAAGAGCAAGUGAAGCAUUUGGAGUCUGACCUCACAAAGAAGAGGAAGCAAUGUGAACAUCUGGAGCAUGAAGUAAAAAAGAAGCACAAGAGAUGUGCAGAGCUUGAGAUCGAACUGCAGGAAGUGCGGAGUGAUAAUGCCCGACUCUCUGAGGAGAACGCCGUGUUACAAGGGCAAGUUGAGUGGACAGAGAAGGUUGAAUCUGAAAAUGCUGACUUAAGGCUGCAGGUUUCUGUAGUGACCGAGGAACGGGAUUUGGCUCUUCAGAAAACCCAGGAACUCCAGGACAGGCUGGAGAGUCUCGGGCAGGCACUCAAGCACAUGAGAGAUGUUGCAGAACGAAGGCAGCAGCUGGAACAUCAGCACGAGAAGGCCUUGCAGGUCUUGCAGAAGAAAAAAGAUGAAGUCCGACAGCUGCAGCAGGCUCAGGCUGAAGCUAGGAAAGAACACGAAGGAGCAGUGCAGCUUUUAGAGAAUUCCUUGGAUUCUAUGCAGGCCCGUGUGAGAGAGUUGGAAAACCAAUGUCGCAGCCACACAGAACAGUUUAACUUCCUCUCUCAGGAACUCAGUCGAUUUCGCCUCCAAACUGGGAAAUUAGGUCUUCCAUCCACAUCCUCCUUGUGUUCGUCCCUGGUGACUUCAGAGAUUGUCUUUGCUACUUGCCAGAAUUCUCCACAGUUCUCCGAUGGCUUCAAACAAAAAGAUCCAGAAAUUGUCCCUGUAUCUCCACGGAGCAGUAGAAAAGUUCAAAAUGAAGAGGUGGAAAGGUUCUCCCCAGUGGCAGUUCGGUUCACGGAUCCUGUGGUGUCUCCUGUGGCCCGAAGUCCAGAUACGAGCAGUCCUCCAGUUGCCUCAAAAAAAGCAAUCAAGAAGUUGGAAGCCCAGUCCAGCUCUUCCAGAUCUGAGUCCAUGCACAACAGUCCCAAAUCUUGCCCCACUCCUGAGGUGGAUACAGCCAGUGAAAUGGAAGAAUUGGACACUGACAGCAUCUCAUUGGUACCUGAGCAGGAGAACCAUGAUCCAGUAAAACUUCAGGUCUUCUUGGCUCGAUAUAGUUACAAUCCUUUUGAUGGCCCCAAUGAGAAUCCUGAGGCUGAACUACCACUUACGGCUGGCGAGUAUAUUUAUGUUUAUGGAGAAAUGGAUGAAGAUGGCUUUUUUGAAGGGGAGCUGAUGGAUGGCCGAAGAGGCCUUGUCCCUUCCAACUUUGUGGAGCGGCUUGCAGAUGAUGACCUGGUUACUUUCUUGCCUCAGGAACUCCAUGAUCUCUCCCAAAGCUCCCCUCUUGAGCGGAGUUUUCUCAGCAUAAGCGUCAGCAGCGGAGAGAGAAGUGAUUAUUCAUCGGAGGAGCUCAAUGCCAGCACAGCUCCCUCUAGGCUAGAAGGGGACCAAGGAGAAGGAGAUAUUUCCAUUGUUGUGCCUUAUCCCAGAAAGGUGACUCUAAUCAAACAGUUUGCCUCUAGCCUCUUGGUGACAUGGGAUCCACCACUGGUGCCUAGUGGAAGCUGCUUGGAUGUCCAGAGCUACAAUGUCUAUGUGGACACUGAACUCCGGGAAAAUGUGAAGGCCAGUUCCCAGACGAAGGCCAUGAUUGACAAACUGGACUUGAAAACAAAAGCCUAUCGUGUCUCCAUACAAAGUGUUUCAGAGAAAGGGAGCUCAGACAGACUGCAGUGCACCUUCCUGGUGGGGUGUGGUUUUGUCUUAGCUCCAAGUCAGCUCCAAGUGCGGAGUGUCAAGGCCACUUCCGUGGAGCUCUCCUGGAUGUCAAGCAACAGCAAUUUCCCACAUACCAUAUACCUCAAUGGGGGAGCAUGUGAUAUAGUGAAGGCUGGAAUAUAUUGGUACACUUUUCGCAACCUGAACCCAAACACUUCCUACAUUGCCACAGUUGAAGUCCAGCCUCAACAGACUUUCUGGAAACCAUUCCCAGAGGUGGAAGAGCAGGUCUUGUCCACAGAGAUCCAGUUCACUACAUCUUCAGCAGGGUCUCCAGAUGCUCCGCUGGAUGUUCGAGUGGAUCCUGGCCCCACAUCUGGUAUUCUGGUCAUCAGCUGGUUGCCAGUCACCAUUGAUGCUGAAGGAUCAUCCAACGGAGUGCGUGUCACUGGCUAUGCAGUGUAUGCUGAUGGACAAAAGGUGAUGGAAGUUACUUCCCCAACAGCUGGUAGUGUCCUGAUCGAGAUUUCCCAGCUGCAGAUCCUCCAGCUCUGUCAGGAAGUGACUGUAAGAACUGUGUCUCUUUAUGGAGAAUCAGUGGAUUCUGUGCCAGCUCAGAUCCCCUUCGCAUUGUUGGAAGAAGUAGAUCGCUCUUCUGCAUCUCAAUUGCACUGUCACCCCUCCCAGCUUCUGGGUGGGGAAGGACAGGCUCUUCUUGUCACACGAACUUCUCAGGUUCCAGGGAAAGAACUGUCUUCUGCCACUAAGAACUCAGUUGCCAAACUCACCUUGCAGCCCACUAUUACCAGUGAAAAAUCUGGGGAUCAUGUGCAUUCAGAGACAUCCUCAAACGUCAAGGCUCCCUUGACACCAACAGUGCAGGCUGUGUCACCAGAACUCGGAACUCUUCCAAGAGAAGAAGAGAAUUAUCUUCUGCCCCCUGCAGGCAGUGUGCUGAAGGAAGAUCUGGCUGUGCUCAGGAAGGCUACUCAGGAGGAAUCUGGAGAAGACAACCAGGAAUUGCUGCUCACCGUGACAAAACCGGAGCCACACGUUUCAGACAACAGUGCUAGUAGCUUAGAGACCUGUGAAAGCUGCUCUGCAGAACAGGGGACAAAUGCCCCAUCAGAAAGAGAGCCAGACAACAAUCAGAGCUCCCUGGAACCAAAGAUACUAACCACGGACAGACCUUCCAUGCAAGAAGAAGACGGCACUAGGGAGAUGGGCCAAAAUGAAGGACAAACUCCAGAAUCUUUAGUUGAGUCUUCAGGGAGGAUGAAGCUGUUGAAAGAAGGCUCCAGAGACGACUCCUCUCAGCUGGUGCCCAGGAUCAGAAGAGAGCAAGGAGAGAAAAGGUCAGAUCCAGGAAACCGACCACUAAAUCUUCUAACUGACCACAAUCGUGGUUCUGACCUUUCUGAUAUUACGGAGGAAGAGGAGGAAGAGGACGAGAAGGAGGAGGAAGAAGAAAAGCCAGUUCCUGGUAGGCUAGGGGAGAUGAAACGGAAUCCAAGUGAAUAUUGCAGCAGAGAAAAUGGAGACAAGGUAUUCUUAUUUUUGUUGAGUGAUGUACAGUUGGAUCUUUGUGAUACUGACAGUGAUGAAGAAAUCUUGGAACGGAUUUUGGAAAUGCCAUUGCAAAAAAAUUGCAGCAAGGCUCUGUUUAGUAUUCCUGAAGUGACUGAAGAGGAGGAGGAGCAAGAACAGGAAGAUGAUGAUGAUGAAGGCUGGGAACCAGUCCUAAACCAACCUAUUUCCAUCCCUCUGGAAAAGAAGACCGUGGAGAGCUUCCAGAGUAGGCUUCCCAAUCAUACCAGAAGAAUGCAAGGCCCUCUCUGUUCUUGGUCUAAAAGAAACCACAAUCUUUCAGAGCUAAUCUUACCUGAAAAGACCCUUCUACAGAAGUAUAGAGGGGGGUGUAUGAAUGAAACAUCCAGUUGCUCUGUAAGAUGGGAUGGUGAAGAUAUGACCUAUCAGUGGGAUGAUCGAAAGAAACCAUCAAGAUCUCCACUUUUGGAAAGGAGAAGAUCCAGUCAUUGUAAGGAGAGGAUCCGUGUCCCACCCCAGGGACAUAGGAAGCAAAAAGGAGACAUCCGAGAGCCCAGUGUUUCUAUGCGGAGCAAUUCCUACUACACUGGAGGUGGUCUUUACAGAGCGCAGAGCCUCACAGAGAAUUUGGAUGUUAUCACCAGCCUUGAGGUGGAGGAUGACUUGAAGCUGUGCAGCUGGGCAAGACAAAGGCCUGAUCAAGUUCCUCCAAGGAGAAUGAUGCCCCAAGAGAAAAGGGAGACAGCUGUGCAAGGCCUCCCCCGCUGCCUCAGCCCAGAGAAUUUGGAGAUUGACAUUGAGUAUGAUUCAAAUGAGGAAGAGGAUUUAACCAUCACUUCCACACCAGUGAGCCUGUUGAGUUCAGAUGGGAGGGCUGAUGGAUCACCAACAGAUUGUGAGGAGGAAUGGAGUGAUUGCUCCAGCCAGUCAGGAUCAGUCCAAUCCAGUGGGCGACGAGAACUGAAGCGAUCCAGUAGUUGGGAGGGAGAGAGCACGGAUUGGAGCACAUCCCCCAGCCAUUCAUCUGGGCAUUGUGGAUGGAGGAAGAAGGCCAAUGUUGCCCCAGAAGAAUGGAACAGGACUCGGGAGAAAAGUCCCUCUGUCUUGGGAGUCAGGCCAGAGCAGGCUUGGAAGGAGGGCCCACUUGUGCAAACAUGGGGUGUAGCCAAAAUGUCAGUGAAUAAACACAGGACUGAUUCUGCCAAGGGCUCUCUUUCAGGAACUUGGAGGAGUCCUUCCCUUGAAUCAGCAGAUGACAAGGGCUCAGCACGGCUGUUUGUGGCUCUUUUUGACUAUGACCCUGUUUCGAUGUCCCCUAAUCGGGAUGCUGCUGAAGAGGAGCUCCCAUUUCAAGAGGGCCAGAUUCUGAAGAUCUAUGGCCACAAAGAUGCAGAUGGUUUCUACAGAGGGGAAUGUGCAGGAAGAACAGGGUUCAUACCCUGCAACAUGGUGUCUGAGCUUCGGGUGGACAAUGACAGUGCAAGAAAACAGCUGUUAGAAGAAGGCCACAUUGCCACUGAUAUGCUGAUGGAAAGUCUAGAAGCACCUGGAAAGCAAAAUCCAAGUUCUGAGGACCCUGUAAGAACAAUGGUGGCCAUUUUUGACUACAAUCCCCAAGAGAAUUCUCCUAACCCAGACACUGAGGUUGAACUCAGAUUUUGUGCUGGGGACGUUGUGACUGUGCUCAGUUCCAUGGAUGAUGAUGGGUUUUAUUAUGGGGAGGUAAAUGGACAGAAAGGUCUUGUUCCAUCUAAUUUCCUGGAAACUUUGCCAUCAGACGGAGCACAGGCAAGUGAGCCAAGCCUUGGAAAGCAGUUAUUGCCAUCCAGCAGAGCUAGUGCUUGCCUACGGCUGGUGUGA